CAGCUUUGAGUAGUAUUACUUCAAGCAACUGGCUUUUAUGCAGCAGAAACCACUAUGGGAGCAAAUUCAAGUUCACCUGAGGGCUUAGCUAACAAUCCAGAACAUCUGGCAAGACGGAGGGAAGCAACUCCUUUCAGACUUCUCACAGUAAAAGUAUUAAAAGCCAGAAAUAUCCAGAAAGCAGACCCAUUUACUGAGUCUGAUUGCUAUGUGACUUUAUCACUGCCAACUGCUUCAUCUGAAAAUGUCCGGACUGCAACGGUCCGCAACUGUAAAGAUCCAGUGUGGAAUCAAUCUUUCUGCUACAGGAUUGACAGCCGUAUAAAGAAUGUUCUGCAACUAAACAUCUGCGAUGAAGAUACUUUCAGCAAAGAUGAUGACCUCUACACAGUUCUCUUUGACGUUGCCAAGCUGCAUCCUGGAAAAACUAGCCGUGUCACCUUCAAAUUGAACCCACAAACAUGGGAAGAGUUGGAAAUAGAAUUCUCAUUACAGUACAUCUCAGACUGUUAUGAAAACAUUGUUACAAAUGGAGUACUGGUGUCACGUGAACUUUCUUGUCUGGCAAUCAAAGUGAAUACCAAGAAGCUAAAGCGACAAUACGCAAACGAUGAUCUGAUAUUUGCAAUCAAGGGCUCCUAUGAAAACGUGCAGAAAAUCCCACUGACUCCUGAUUCCCGUAACAGAAAUCUCAUUGAGUUUCAUUGUAUUAAGAAUAACCAAUCAAAUUUGGAGGUCACACUACCAAGAAAAAUUGAGUGGUCAAAGCUAUUGAAUGAUGCAGAAAGACUUACUUCUGUUACUUUACCUUUGACUGAGAUGCCCGUGCAAGGGAAAAUAGCAAUAGAAGAGGUGAGUUUUUUGCCUUUGAGCAAAGACAAAACAUUUCAUUUGCAUGUAAAGGCAAGAGACUGGGCAAAAGGUCUAGAUGUGCGCUUAUCAAAUGACCUGAGCGCAGCAGAGAGGAAUUUCCAACUCAAGAGAAGGAAAUAUGUGGCUGCUGCUGUGAAGAAGGCUCUCCAGCUACCAGAAGAGCUGCAGGAUGAUGAGGUGCCUGUGGUGGCAAUCAUGACAACUGGUGGUGGAACCAGGUCAUUCACAGCAAUGUAUGGGAGCCUCCUGGGUUUACAGAAACUGAAUUUGUUAGACUGCAUCACAUAUAUUGCAGGUUUAUCUGGAACAACAUGGACUAUGACAAAAUUGUACGAAGAUGCUUAUUGGUCACAGAAAUACCUGGAGGAAGCCAUAAAUGAGGCUCGGAAGCAAGUCAGCAAAAGCAAGAUUACAUGUUUCUGUAUGGAUCGCUUGAAGUAUUAUUAUAAUGAACUGAAACAAAGGAGACAAGAAGGACAUGAUUCUUCAUUUAUAGACCUCUGGGGGCUUGUCAUUGAGUCCAUGUUACAUGAUGAGAAAACUGAUCAUAGACUUUCGCAUCAGCAAGCGGCCGUGAAUGAGGGUCAGAACCCCUUGCCCAUUUAUCUGGCUGUCAGUCUAAAAGACAACUACAGUGCUCAAGAUUUUAAAGAAUGGCUGGAAUUCAGUCCUUAUGAGGUGGGAAACAUAAAAUAUGGAGCAUAUAUUCGUACAGAGCAUUUUGGUAGCACAUUCUUCAUGGGACGACUGAUGGAGAAGCUUCCAGAGAUUCGGAUCUGCUUCAUGCUAGGAAUGUGGAGCAGCAUCUUUUCAUUGGAUUUCAUGUAUUUCUGGAAUUUGGCUAAUGACUCUGAAGAAUUUUGGUGCAAGUGGACACAAGACAAAAUGGAAGACAUUGAUGACUCUAUUCUACCCUCAAGGCCUCAUGGACUGGGAACUCGCAUUGUCUGUGCUCCGGGCCGGCUUUCUCGUGUUCUCCGAGAAGUCUUAACAGGACGUCCAACAAUAGCAGAAUAUCCCAAUUUCCUAAGGGGCUUCCAGAUACAUGAUGAAUACUUGGACAAUAAGCAUUUUUCUACAUGGAAAGAUUCUGUGCUAGAUUCCCACCCUAACAAACUUAUGGAAACAGCCGAAGAGCCUCUUUCUUUAGUAGAUACUGGUUUCUUCAUCAACACCAGCUAUCCACCCCUUCUGAGGCCUGAGAGGAAAGUGGAUAUUAUACUACAUUUAAAUUACAGUGGGGGCCAUCAGACCUUGAAUCUUGACCAGUUUGCAGCAUAUGCUUCAAAACAGGGGAUCCCAUUUCCCAGAACAGAGAUCAGUAAAGAAGACAGGGAAAACCUGAAGGAAUGCUAUGUGUUUAAUGAUUCAGAAAAUCCAGAACUUCCCAUUAUACUCUUUUUCCCAUUAACAAAUGAUACCUUCAAAAAAUACAAAGCACCUGGUGAGGAACGUGAUCCAACAGAGUUGAAAGAAGGCAACAUUGAUGUCAGCAGCAUUUUCUCCCCAUUUACUACAAGGGAAGUCUCAUUUUCAGAAGAGAAUUUUGACAAAUUGGUGAAACUGACUGAGUAUAACAUCCUGAACAAUGAAGAUGAGAUUGUGGAAGCCUUGCGUGCAGCAGUGAAGCGGAGGAAACAGAGGAAGACAUAA